AUGGAGCUGGUCAUAUUCACUCGCAGAUACAAGCUGGGCACUGUAGUGGGGCCCACCUUGGGAGGCAUCAGGUUGACACCGGCCGUGUCAGUGAAAUAUCUGGGAGUCAUCCUAGACAGGAAGCUGACAUGGAAGGAGCACCUGGACAAUCGGUGUAAGAGUGUAACCUCUUAUUUCUGGCUGUGCAGAAACUCCUUUGGCCAGACCUGGGGCCUCAGGCCGGGAAUGGUCUACUGGAUUUAUACUGCCAUUCUUAGACCUAAGCUGCUGUAUGCUGCAGUAGUAUGGUGGCCUAGGAUACAGCUAGCGUUGGCGAAAAUAUCGCUGGAGCACCUGAUGGCUCUUAUUUUAAGAGGGGCUAUGAGAACCACGCCAACUGCGGUUAUGGGAGUGCUGCUCGGAUGGGGCGGUGAAUCCAUCCCACUCGGUGAAUUUGCCACGGUCUUCCAAGCGGAGAUAGUGGCGAUCUUGUGCUGUGCACAAGGACUUCUCGCUAAUAAAGAGAGGGGCCAGCGCAUCAGCAUCUGCUCGGACAGCCAGGCGGCUCUGAGGACCCUUAGUGCUCCGAUUACUACCUCCAAACUGGUCUGGGAAUGCAGAGGCACCCUGGGAGAACUUGCGAGGGACAACGAGGUUGCUCUGAUCUGGGUGCCUGGGCACUCUGGUAUCAAGGGCAAUAAGGCGGCCGACCAGCUUGCUAGAGCUGGCUCGGAGACUGCUCUAGGCAAAAGGGAGAUUGGUCGCUGGCUGCGGAACCAGCAUUUGGCCUCCUGGAGGGGCGCGGCCGAAUGCAGGCAGGCGAAGGCUCUCCUUGGAGAUUCUCUGAGAGAGGACCUCGCCAGCAGCAUCAAAAAACUAAGUAGACGAGAGGCCGGGCUAGUAACUCGCAUUCUCACGGGACACGGCACUCUCAAUUACCACCUGCAGAAAUUGGGCAUCAGUAUGAGGCCCAACUGCAGGAAAUGUGACGCACCGGAGGAAACCAGCCUCCAUGUGCUGUGUGACUGCCCGGCCUAUGCCAGGGUCAGACUGGUACUGCUGGUCUCUGCUUUCCUGGAGUCCCAGCAGGUGGGUGAUCUCCCAGGCAGGACUCUCCUCCUCUUUUGUAGGAGAUUGGGCCUGAACUGA